ACAUUUAGCUAUUUUAGUGAUGCAUGAAUACAUACUUGAACUAUUAAGUUGUUGGUCUAUAGAAAAAAUUUAUUGGUAUGGAAAAAAUAUAGAAAUCUCACAUGCAUUAUUCUUGAACGAUUCAGUUCGAUAUUUUUCGGAUCUCAAAAAUUAGGACUGGUCUGUACCUGUUUCAAAUUAUACGAUUUGGUUCAGGACAAAAUUCUGCAGAAUCGCUUCAAUAUCCGGCAUUCGGUUCGAUUUGGUACGGUCCCGUACCUGUUGUUUCAUACUAAAUUCAGUAAAAUUUGUAUGGUUUUAGAUCAUUCUUACUUUAUUAAUUUAAUAUCAAUCACAUUAACUUACUUCUGUUAAAAACCGUGUCAUCUCCUCUUAUGCCAAUGUUAGUGAGCCGGAGAUAAUAUAAUAAUUGAGUAAUUGAUCCCAAUUGUUUUAUCAUUUCAAGUCAUGAUAAUAUUUUUAGUAAAAACCUAAAAAAAACCGAAACCUAAUCAAAACAAAUUGAAUACGAGUAUGAUUUUAUAUUUUGAAACGCAAAACCGAGUUGAACCGAACUCAUUCAAGUUAAGUUGAGAUACAGGGUAACAGGGAGUUGUAGACUUGUAGUUAUUUGACUUGUUCGGACUCUUGUUAGUUUUGGUAGUUGAGAAUUGGAAAAUUCAACCGGCGGGGAGAUGGACGGCGGAGACGCGUUGGGGGAAGGGACAGUGACGUGUGCUUCAUGGAUCAGACGACCGGAAAACGCGCAUCUCCUGGCGGUCGGGAAGUCGACGCCUUCAUCGCUCGAGAUUUUCUCCUUUGAUCCCAAGACCACUUCCUUUUCUCCUUCUCCUAAGGCCAAGUAUUUGUUCGAGGAAGGAUGUUAUCCCGUCUGCAUUGCAGUGCAUCCCAGUGGAGACGUCGUCGUUUGCUCAACUCCCACUGGCUGCAAAUUGUUCGAGUUGUGUGGGCGAGAAGAUAAUCUAAAACUAGCGUGCAAAGAAUUCAACCAUCUUCAAGAUGUGGGCCGACAAAAGUGCCUGGUUUUUAGUGUUGAUGGAUCUAAGUUGGCUUCUGGUGGAGCUGAUGGGCACUUUAGACUCUUUGAGUGGCCAAAUAUGCGCAGCAUUGUUGAUGAACCAAAAGCUCACAAGUCGUUCCAAGAUAUGGAUUUUAGUUUAGAUUCAGAGUUUUUAGCAUCUACAUCCACUGAUGGUGCAGCAAGAAUAUGGAAAACGAGUGACGGUGUUCCAGUGACAUCUCUCACACGAAACACUGAUGAGAAGAUUGAACUUUGCCGCUUCUCUAAAGAUGGGACAAAGCCUUUUUUGUUCUGUGUUGUUCAAAAGGGCAAUAAGACAUUGAUUGCGGUUUGGGACAUCAGUGAGUGGAAGAAAAUUGGGCAUAAAAGCCUACUUAAAAAGGCAGCUUCCAUGAUGUCAAUUAGCUUUGAUGGGAAAUAUCUUGCUGUGGGAAGCACAGAUGGGGAUGUUUGCAUCAUUGAAGUAAAAAAGAUGGAGGUGUCCCACUAUAAUAGGAGGCUUCACUCUGGCUCAUACAUCACAUCAUUGGAGUUUUGUCCUAGCGAAAGGGUUGUUCUUACAACAUCUGCGGAGUGGGGAUUAAUAGUGACCAAACUGAGUGUUCCAGCGGAUUGGAAAGAAUGGCAGAUAUAUCUGUUGUUGUUGGGCUUAUUUUUAGCAUCAGCUGUGGCAUUUUACAUAUUCUUUGAGAACUCUGAUUCUUUCUGGAACUUUCCUGACCCGUCAACGAGGACAAAGAUCCACUCUGUACUUGGAGACUCACCGUCGUCAUCUGAUGAUCAAAAUGUGUGGGGAAGCUUUGGGGUGGAUAUGUAAUUAACUAAUUAUAUCCCAGAAACUAUUAUUUAGAUUUAUCUCCCACUAUUUAAAAGCUGGGGAUUCCAUGACACAGGAGGGGAAAGGCAUGAUAGUUUGUAUUGAACCACCCCUGUUAACAACUUCAAUAUAUUUGUACAUCAAGGGAGUGUUUGACAAAAUGUCGGUUCUCAUUUUGAUUCCCGUAUAAGAAUUACUCCCUC